CCGCAGCGUCUCGAAAUCUUCUGAUCUGGAUGAACUUCAGAACGGCUGCUAAAAGGAAACGUUUUAAUCUUUGAGGAUUAUUCUGCCUGACAUUUUUGCUUUUGUUCCAGCCUCCGCUGCUGCAGUCCUCCUCUGGAUUACUUUGGGAUUUCCUUGUCACUUUAAGAUCUUGUUGGUGUACGUUAAUGGGUUUUAAAGAGAGCUUUGGUGGGAAAGACCAACACGCCUUGCAUUUUCUUCACGUAACCGGACAUCCAUGUGGAUCGUUUUAGUCUUUGGCACGUCGCAUCUGACUGCUGGACAAUUCUCUGACUUCAUGCCACCUACCUCUAACCUCUAAAGUCCGUUCCUGGUGGCCCGGUCAAAGUGCGUUUCAGAGGGCCGGGGUCACCCCCUGCUCCCUAUGACCGUGUCGGGGAGUAAAAGAGCCGCUGGGCCCGGGAGAGAUACAAGAGAGGAGGCCGGCGGAUGGAGAGCAGCGGGUGCAGCCCCUUCCCUCUGUGCUGGGCACGAGGAGCCUGUGUCUACUCUUACCCUCCCCCUCUGCCAAAGUAUGACAGACAGUUAGCACCCACCAAAGGCAUGGCAGCGGCUUACCUGGACCCCAACCUGCCCCAUGCCCUGAGCCAGGGGGUGAAGCCUCGCUUCAGCGCGGGGAUGGAGCGGACGGCGGGGGCUCCGGAACGGGUGCUCAAGGUCUUCCACUACUUCGAGAGCAGCAGUGAACCCUGCACUUGGGCCAGCAACAUCAGACACGGGGACUCCACCGAUGUCAGGGGCAUUAUACAAAAGAUCGUGGACAUCCAUAAGGUGAGAUGUGUGGCCUGCUUCGGUCUGCGUCUGAGUCACCUAAGGACAGGCGAAGUUCAUUGGCUCCACCCUGACAUGGGCGUGUCUCAUGUGAGGGAGCGGUACGAACACUGUCAUCCACAGGACGAAUGGAGAUAUGAGCUACGGAUUCGAUACUUGCCCAAAGGAUUUUUAAGCAAGUUUACUGAGGACCAGCCGACUCUCAACUACUUUUAUCAUCAGGUGAAAAGUGACUAUAAGAAGGAGAUUGCUGACCAAGUCGAUCAAGACAUAGCACUUAAACUAGGCUGCCUUGAAAUCAGGAGGUUUUUCAGGGACAUGCGUGGUAAUGCCCUGGAUAAGAAAUCAAAUUAUGAAUUGUUAGAAAAGGAUGUCGGUCUUCGGAGAUUCUUUCCAAAGAGUUUAUUAGACUCAGUGAAGGCCAAAUCGCUGCGUAAAUUCAUCCAGCAGACGUUUAAACAGUUUGCCAAUAUGAACGAUGAGCAAUGCAUUCUCAACUUCUUCGAGAUCCUGUCACCCAUAUACAGAUUUGACAAGGAGUGUUUUAAAUGUGCUCUUGGGUCGAGUUGGGUGAUAUCAGUGGAACUGGCCAUCGGCCCUGAGGAGGGGAUCAGUUAUUUGACAGACAAAGGCUCAAAUCCAACACACUUGGCCAAUUUCACCCAGGUGCAAAGCAUCCAGUUUGAGGAGCGAGAGAGGAAGGGAAUGCUGCAGUUAGAUGUGGCCGGUGCACCUGAGCCUCUGACGGUAACAACCACAACUCUGAACACGGCGGAGAACAUGGCUGAUCUCAUUGACGGUUACUGCAGGCUGGUGAGCGGAACAUCGUCCUCUUUCAUCGUCCGUGUGCAGAAAGAAGGAGAAAGAGCUCUUCCAUCAAUCCCAAAAGCUCCAAGAUCGGCCAACCAUGAAAAACGGUCACAAGGAGUUCGGGCAAAAACCAUCUCUGUUUCAGAUGAUAUUGGUGAUGAAACGGACGACUACGCAGAGAUCAUAGAUGAAGAGGACACAUACACUAUGCCUUCCAGCACAACAGAAUAUUACGGACUAGAUGAAGCCCGGGACUAUGAGAUCCAGAGAGACAGAAUCGAGUUGGGCCGCUGUAUAGGAGAGGGCCAGUUUGGAGAUGUCCACCAAGGAAUCUACAUAUGUCCGGAGAACCCUGCACUUUCUGUGGCAAUCAAGACGUGUAAGAACUGCACCUCGGACAGUGUGCGAGAGAAGUUCCUCCAGGAGGCAUUAACCAUGCGACAGUUCGAUCAUCCGCACAUCGUAAAGCUGAUUGGAGUCAUUACGGAAAACCCCGUGUGGAUCAUCAUGGAGCUGUGCACGCUGGGAGAGCUGCGAUCGUUUCUUCAGAUUAGGAAUUACAGUCUGGAUUUAGCCUCGCUCAUCCUGUUUGCUUACCAGCUCAGCACAGCCCUCGCAUACCUGGAGAGCAAACGCUUUGUUCACAGGGACAUUGCUGCACGGAAUGUUCUGGUGUCUUCAGUAGACUGUGUGAAGCUGGGAGACUUCGGUUUGUCUAGAUACAUGGAAGACAGCUCUUAUUAUAAAGCCUCUAAAGGAAAACUACCUAUUAAAUGGAUGGCGCCUGAGUCCAUAAACUUCAGACGUUUUACCUCAGCUAGCGACGUGUGGAUGUUUGGAGUGUGUAUGUGGGAGGUCCUGAUGUACGGAGUAAAGCCGUUCCAGGGCGUGAAGAAUAACGAUGUGAUUGGACGGAUCGAGAACGGUGAGCGUCUGGCUAUGCCGCCCAACUGCCCGCCGACCCACUACAGCCUGAUGACCAAGUGUUGGGCAUACGACCCCAGCAAAAGACCUCGAUUCAAUGAGCUCAAAGCUCAACUAAGCACCAUCCUCGCGGAGGAGAAGGCUCAGCAGGAGGACCGCAGCCGUAUGGAGAUGAGGAGACAGGUUCCCAUGUCCUGGGAUUCAGGGGGCUUAGAUGAGGCGCCGCCUAAACCCAGUCGACCAGGUUACCCGAGUCCCAGAUCCAGCGAGGGGUUUUACCCAAGUCCUCAGCACAUCGGCCAGCACAAUCAUUAUCAGAUGGCAGGGCACUCGGAUCCACGUGGCUUGCUCCCCGUGCCCGGUGGGAUGUACCCUCCCCAGGCCGCAGGGACGGGACUUGACCCCCACGACAGCUGGAACCAUCGCUGGGCCGCUCAGGAUCACAUGUGGAGUCCUGGCAUGGAGGAUGGAGUGGCUGUGCGGGGAGGUCUGUCUCAGCUGAUGGAGGAGCAGUUAUUACUGCAGCAGCAGCAGAUGGAGGACGAUCAGCGCUGGUUGGAGCAGGAGGAGAGGCUACUGAAGCCUGAUGGGAGAAGUUCCAGAGGAAGCCUCGAGCGUGAUGAUGGAAGUCACCAUGGACCGACUGGAAACCAGCACAUAUACCAACCGGUUGGGAAAGCGGAGCAUCCAGCUCCUCCUAAAAAGCCUCCUCGACCCGGAGCUCCAAGCCACCCUGCAGGAGUCCCUGGCCCGAACCCUACAGACAGCUACAAUGAAGGCGUGAAGAUUCAGCCUCAGGAAAUCAACCCUCCCCCAACAGCAAACUUAGAUCGGUCCAAUGAUAAGGUUUAUGAAAACGUGACAGGUCUUGUGAAGGCAGUGAUUGAGAUGUCCAGUAAAAUCCAGCCGGCUCCUCCUGAGGAUUACGUGCCCAUGGUGAAGGAUGUGGGAUUAGCUCUAAGGACGCUGCUGGCUACUGUGGAUGAGACGAUACCCUCACUGCCUGCUCACACACACAGAGAGAUUGAAAUGGCUCAGAAGCUUCUAAAUUCUGACUUGGCUGAGCUGAUAAAUAAGAUGAAGUUAGCCCAACAGUACGUCAUGACCAGCCUGCAGCAAGACUAUAAGAAACAGAUGCUAACAGCUGCUCACGCACUCGCCGUAGAUGCAAAGAACCUGCUGGACGUGAUCGACCAGGCCAGGCUGAAGAUGUUGGGUCAGGCACGGCCACAUUAGCAGAGGCAAUGGAAACCACACAAAAGCAGCACAGCAGAAUGAUGCCCCAGAAACACACCAGCACAGACUUGUAAACUUGGACACGAAAGGAAUCUUAUGGUGCCCCAUUAUUCACUCACUGAUCCUCCACUUAAAGCAACGUUGUAAGUCAUGGGUGCCGUGAGAAGGUCUCUGCAUUUAUUUAUUGGAUGAGCCGGAUCGGACCGAACAUAAAGAUGGGACCUGGCGGUUGGCCCCUUCGGUGAAGCGCUUUUCAGUUUGCUUUAGGAAGACUGUGAUUGGACGCUGAGAAGGAGGCUUGAAAUCUGGGGUUGCUCUGAGCUUUAAAUGUCUCUGGAGGAUAAAGAGACACUCUUACACUGUAUCUAAUAUGUUUGUGUUUCCUUGACAAGCCCAAGUUCCACAGCCAGACCCCACAAAUCUAGAAUCCCGCUCGGCUCAGGUUCUAGUUGUAGAGUCAUGAACCUUGAGCUGUAUUCCUAAGACUCAGUUUUGCACAGUAGAAUUCGAGGUGAGUCUGGAUUUGCAGAAUCUGGAUUUAAUGGGACUCGCAUAGCAGACUCCACACUUCUCCCAUGGACUGAGAUGGAGAGUGUUGUACAUUUGGGCCUUGUGCCACCUAGAGGUAAAAUAAAGCUGAAUGACUGAAUUUAAAGAAAUGUAUGAGUUAUGGAGUCGUUAUGUUUCCCAUGAAUAUUGUUUGUUUAAAGAUGUAGUAAGUAAUAGACCUAACACCAUGGCAGUGGUUCAGAUGGAAAGACAACAUUAUGAUUAUACAGAGGGGUUCAAAGGUCUAAGACACAAUUGAAUACAUAUCUAUUUUACAUUUUUAAUUUACUUUUUUAAAAUGCAUCUUGUGUGUUUCAGUGGUGUUUCAAGCAUUGAAAACUGUACAAAUUUUGUAUAAAUGAGUUAAUGGUCAGUUGCUUAUUUUGAUUAGUCUUCAAGUAGUACAGAAUAUUAAGUCUUUUUUUACAUCACAACAAACUUUUUUAUUUUAUUUAUAUAACCUUUAAGACCUCCGUUUGCAAACUGUACAAUAUUUGGGGCGGGGACGUACAAAUAUAAAAAAAUGACAGGUGUUGUGUAGAGGCAAUAUCUGGUAAUAUGGUUGGAAUUUUUAUAGUAAAUUGACGUCAUAAUUUAAUGGAGAAUAAAUUGUUUUUAUUGGG